CCAAUAGUCAUCAUUAGUCAAGAUACCUGUAUGAUCCAGGAAUUCAACGGUAAGUUGCAGUUCGUUGUUCGAAACGUUAUCUCUUCAUUCUCUCUUUCAAGCUUAUUCCAUACAAACCAUUUAUAAAUAAUUUGAAAAUUCGUAAUUUUUUGCGCUCUCUUUUUUAUUUUCAUUAUUGCUAGACAUUGAACUUGUGCUGUAACCAUGAAAGCUGUAAUUCAAAAGGUUUUAAACGCUUCCGUAACUGUUGACGAUGCUGUUGUUUCUUCCAUUAAAAAAGGACUCUGUGUGCUUGUUGGCGUUGGUACAGAUGAUACUAUGGAAGAUGUGAACAAGAUGUGCAAUAAACUUCUCAAAUUGAAGCUUUUUGAAGAUGCACAAGAACAGCCAUGGAGACAGACGAUCUUAGAUGCUCAAGGUGAAAUCUUGUGUGUCUCUCAGUUCACGUUACAUGCACGAGUCAACAAGGGCGCAAAACCUGAUUUCCACAGAAGCAUGAAAGGCCCCGAAGCCGUACAGCUUUAUGAGGCUGUGUUGGAAGGCUUAAAGGCCAGUCUGGGCAACGACAGCGUCAAAAAUGGUGUUUUUGGUGCCAUGAUGAAUGUUCAGCUUACCAAUAAUGGUCCUGUAACCAUCCUUUAUGAUACCAAGGAAUAAGCUAUGCAUUUUCGAUUCGUAAUUAUUUUAUUCUCCUACUUCCUUUUCUGAAUUGUUAAUUAGAAGAACUCAAUAAAUGGAAGUAUUAAAAAUUAGUCUUAUU